AUGGCAAUGACAACUUGUUUGACAUGGAUGCAAGAAAAAAAGCUGCACAAUUAUUUUGGAGAAAAGAAGUUUAACCUUCUCUAUAAGGCCAGUGUCCAUGAAUUCUCUAGUGAAAGUUUGCUUCAGAGAUGCUCUAAACAAGGACCUACUAUAACAGUGAUUUAUAGUGAAGAUCACAUUGUUGGGGCAUAUGUGCAAAAGAGCUACCCGGAAGACUAUUUCAUUAUCCUUUUUGCCUUUCAAGAGACUACAAUUUCAGAAUGCAAAAUAGGGCCAUUUCAACUAUCUAUGUUGUUUUGUGAAAGUGAUAGAAAUUCUGAAUUCAAUAUAAACCUAGAGAAAAAAGAGGUGGCUAUUAGCAUAAAUACAAUGGACAAACUUGGACUACCUCAAUGUUGUAUUUCCUUCCAGGAAUGUGAAGUUUUUUGAUGUGAAGUUUUUUUGGACAAAAGGAGGAUGGAUGGGAUCACUGAGCUCAAGAAGAGCUUAUUGUCUGCUGUAAGAACUUAUGAACCAUAUGGAGGCCUGGUUCACCAAAUACGAAUUCUGAUUUUGGAUCCAAUUGGAGCCGGGAAGUCUAGCUUUUUCAACUCAGUGAAGUCUGUUUUCUGAGGCCAUGUAACAAACCAGGCUUUGGUGGGGUCUAAGACAACCAGGGUAUGUGAAAAGUACAGAACAUAUUUCAUUAAGGAUGGGAAGGAUGGCAACACCCUGCCAUUUAUUCUGUGUGACUCAAUGGGGCUGAGUGAGAAAGAAGAAGGGCUGUGCAUGGAUGACAUACCCUAUAUCUUAGAAGGCUGCAUUCCUGACAGAUACCAGUUUAAUUCCAUGGAACCAAUCACACCAGGUCUUGGUAACUAUACAGGCUGCCCAUUGCUGAAGGACAGAAUCCAUUGUGUGGCAUUUGUAUUCGAUGCCAACUCUGUUGGUCACCUCUCUGAUGAGAUGGUGGAAAAGAUCAGAAGAAUUCGAAGGGAGUUGUUUAAGUGUCGUGUGGUCCAUGUGGUGUUGCUCUCUCAUGUGGAUACCUUGGAUCUGAUUACAAAAGGUGACCUUAUAGACAUACACAAAUGUGUGCCUGUGAAACUCAAGCUAGAGGCAGUUCACAGAGAACUUGGAUUUGCUCUUUCUGACAUAUUUGUGGUUAGUAAUUAUACCUCAGAGUGGGAGCUGGAGCCUGUCAUGGACAUUCUGAACAUCUCUGCAUUGAGACAGAUGCUGUGGGCUGCAGAUGACUUCUUAGAUGAUUUGCCUCCUGAGGAAACAACGAAAUCAUUAUAUGACAACCGAAAGCCAAAGGAAGGUGAAGGACCUAAAGCUGUAGAAUUUAAUGCCAGCAAAGGAUGGUUUGAUAAUUUUAGGAAGACGUUUGGCUUAAAAAAUGUCAAGAUAACAGGAGAACCAGCUUCUGCUGACCAAGAGGCAGCAGAUGAAUUCCCAGACGCCAUUAAGAAAAUCAUUGAGGAGAAAGGAUUCUCCUGA